AUCCCUUGCUCUCUUUCGAGCGAGUUGGCAGUGCUAACUUAGUAUGAGCCUAACUUGCUCGCGAUCAUGCCCAAGAAAUCAGUUGAUCUGGGACUUGGUGUCCGCAACGUCAAGGAAAAAUCCUCAGAAUACAUAGUGGAGAAGUUUCUAGGGAAGCGCUAUCUGCGUGGACGACCCCAGUAUCUGACCAAGUGGGAGGGCUAUCCAGUGGAGCAGUGCACCUGGGAGCCCCUGGAGAACUUGGGCAAUUGCAUGACGCUGAUUGCGGAUUAUGAGGCGGAACUAUUCCAGCAGAGCCGGGAGAAAAAGAAUGGCCAAUGACAUGGAAAAGAUUUAAAUACAAAUUAUUGUUCACAAAUAAAAGAUUAAUAGAUCGUAUUCCUAAUA